ACAAAGCGACCCUCUCUAUCUCGCGAAUCUAUCUUUCCAAGCCAUAUCACUGGCUCCCCUCUCUCUCUCUACGAGAUAUUUGCGAUCUUCCCUUCUUUUCUACAGCUUUCUGCUUCUUCUUCUUUUCUUUUUUCUUUUUUUUCUUUUUUUUUUUUUUUAGCGAAAAGAUAGCUAUUUUUGACAUCUGGGUAUUUUUGGAUUGUGGAAAAAUCGAUUUUUUCCAUCUUGGUUUAUUGCUAAGAGAUCAGAGCUGUUGGAUUUCGUUGUCAUUUGGGCAAGAAAAAGGUGCGUUUUUUAUUUUCCCAUCUGGGUUUUUGUUUUGGGAGAUUGAAAUUUGGAGGCGUUGGAUUGUGGAGGGAUCUUGGCGAAAGGAGCGGUUUUUCCAUUUGGGUUUUGUUUGAGGAGGUUGGAAGCAUCGGAUUUUGGAGUGAUUUGAGUGAAAGGAGUGGUUUUCACAUGGGGGUUUUGUUUUAGGAGAUUGGGGGCGUUGGAUUUUGGAGUGAUUUUGGCAAAAGAUCGGUUUUCCUGUGUGGGUUUUGUUUUAGGAGAUUGGAGGUAUAGGUUUUUUGAGUGAUUUUCGCGAAAUAGUUGUAUGCAGAGGCGUUGGAUUGUGGUGGAAUUGGGUGACAGGAAUGGUUUUCCCAUGUAGGUUCCGUUUUGGGAGAUUGGAGGCCUCGGAUUUUGGAGUGAUUUGAUGACAGGGGCGGUUUUCCCAUGUGGGUUUUGUUUUAGGAGUUGGAGGCGUCAGUUUUUCUGGUGAUUUUCCCGAAGGAGCGGUUUCUUUCGUGUUGUUUUUCAUUUGGGGGACUCGAAAGUGUUGGAUUUUGGAGUGAUUUCGGUGAAAGAAGCAUUUUUUGCAUGUGUUAGGAGAUUGAAGGUAUUCAAUAUUUUAGUGAUCUGGGCAAAGUAGCUAUUUUUCUGUCUGGAUUUUGUUCUGACUGUGAUAAAAGGAGCAGUAUUUCUAUCUGGGCACUAUUUUAGAGAGAUUGGAGGCAUUGAAUUUUGAAGUUAUUCAGCAAAUGGGGUGGUUUUGCUGUCCGGGUUUUGGUUUAGGAGAUCAGAGGAAUGGGAUGUUGUUGCAAUUUUGACAGAAGGAUCAGUUUUUCUAAGUGCGUUUUGUUUUAGGAGAUCAGAAGGCAAAGAUGAAAGGGGGAAAAGAUGAAGAUAAGGUGAUGGGGCCCUUGUUUCCGAGGCUUCAUGUGAAUGAUACGGAGAAAGGGGGGCCAAGGGCGCCUCCAAGGAACAAGAUGGCUCUCUAUGAGCAGCUCAGCAUCCCUUCUCAAAGGUUCAAUUCUUCAGCAUCGACGUUGCCUCUUCCGCCCCACAAUACUAGCACCAUGGUACCUUCAGCAUCAUCAAGUCAGGGGGGUGGCCAUGAAAGGAGUGUGUUCUCUUCGUUUUACAUGCCUUCUCCGACACCGGCCCGUUCCACGGAGAAGGUUCAGUCUCUUCCUUCUGAUGGGGUGAAUAUGAAUACCACAAUGGAGUUUGAAAGGGAAUCUUCAAAAAACACAGGUUAUAAACAUCACUCACCAAACGCUAAAUGCAGCUCUUUCCAUCCACAUGACUUUUCCAGCUCAAAGAAUACUUGUCGGAAGAAAUUUGGUGAUGAGGAUGAUUUUCGGGUUCCUACCUAUGUUCAUACAGAGACCGUGCCAUCUUCUGACAAGGAUCUGAAUGGAGGAGAUAAAGAACGACCAACUCCCAUCCCGAUGUAUCCAGGCCAGUCACCACUUACAGCUACAAAUAGUUCACAGAAGAACAUGAAAAAAGUUACUCCCAAUUUGUCAGUCCAGCUUCAAAACAUAUGUGAUAAGCCCUUGAAACGUACCAACACCACAGAUCUAAAGUCACGACAACGUGAGAGAAAUCAGAGCGAAGAAAGGCCGAAAGACAGUGUAACAAUUACAGACUCUACAGAGAAGUCCUCAUCCCACCCAUCAUUCGGAGAAAAGAUUCUGGUUCAAGAAUGCCCAAGUUCUUCAGUGAAUGUCUUUGAUACCACACAUAAUGGAAAUACAAAUUUAUAUCACAAAGCUAGUGCCAAGGUGCUGCUGGAGAACAAUAUCCAUCAUAACGGUGUUUUAGUUGAGCCAAGGUGCACGACUAACAACGGGAUUACAGAAAAGGGAAAUGUUCCUAGGGUGAGAAGUGUUUUGGGUUCCAGAACAUCGAUCAGCAAUAUUCAUAGAAGUCUUAAUGAGGCUGAAAACCACAGCGACAGAAGUGAAGGCAACACACGUUGGCCAUUGCAAGUGGACGAUGCGGACAGAACUGAUGAUGUCUCUGAGACCUCCAUGGUAGAUUCCAUGUCAGGCUUGGACAUAUCUCCUGAUGAUGUUGUUGGAAUGAUAGGCCAGAGGCAAUUCUGGAAAGCAAGAAAAGCAAUUGUCAACCAACAGAGGGUUUUUUCAGUGCAAGUAUUCGAGUUGCAUAGAUUGAUCAAGGUUCAGAAAUUGAUUGCCAGCUCACCUCAUCUGUUGCUUGAAGAAAAUGCUUAUCUAGGCAGGCCUCCUCCAAAGGUACCUGCCAAGAAGCUCCCUUCAGAGUACAUUCUAAAACCUCAACCGCAUACUACUAAACUGAAAGAUGACUCCCAAAAGCCAAACCAGAACACCGAGUACCCAACUGAAAAUACAGUCGGGAAGCCCCCUCCUUUUGACAAUAGUGUCAGCAAAGGAUUCGUCAGUCAAAUUCCAACAUACGGACCUUAUGCUGGAAAUCCACCAAUGGCACCUGUGGCAGCUGACGGCAGAUCAAAUCCCUGGUGUUUUCACCCGCAUGGGAAUCAAUGGCUGGUUCCUGUAAUGUCCCCAUCAGAAGGUCUGGUCUACAAGCCGUAUAUGGGUCCAUGUCCCCCAACUGCUGGUUUCAUGGCGCCUGUUUAUGGAAGCUAUGGUCCUCUGACUCUACCGCCAGUCCCAGCUUAUGGGGUCCCAGCUUCUCACCAACAACCAGGGGUUGGCGCUGGUGCUCCUGCAAUUGCUCAGAGCUACUUCCCUUCUCCUUAUGGCCCACCGGUCAUGAACCCAAUUAUCCCCACCUCAGCUGUCGAACAGGCAAACCUAUCAGGUGGGUCCUGCCCACACGCCCAAGUCGAGCAAGUAUCAACUGCAGAGGUUAACUUCAACAUGCACUCUCGGAGCUCGUGUAACAUGCUGAACCCAGGUAACAUGUCAAACCAGAGGAGCGAAGCUUUCUCGUGUAGUGUCCGCAAGUUUCAGACAUCAAAAGAUAGUGAAUUGCAAGGGAGUACAGCAAGUAGUCCAUGCGAGAGGGCACACAGAGGUGUGAGUCAUGUUGCGGAAGGACAUGACGCAUUGCAUCUUUUCCCUAUGGCUCCAGCCAUUGAAGAUUCGAACCAAACCCCACAGGCUCACAGUAGUGACCAGCAGACCCGUGUGAUCAAGGUUGUGCCACACAAUCCAAGGUCCGCAACUGAGUCAGCAGCACGGAUUUUCCAGUCUAUACAGGAAGAACGGAAACAGUAUGACUCAUUGUAACUCAUUUGUUUGGGUGUACUUUUAGCUUAUAAAAUCACACGAUGAAUCAAUGGACCGUAAUUCGGUAAAUGAUUCUGUGUUCAGCCAGACUUGGUAAUCAUACUCAUAAAUCUUUCAUCAGUUGCUUGGUGUUUUGUAACUGGGUUUUGCCUCUGCUCCAAUAUUAGCUCAUUCAAGUCGGAUUUCGUAGCUACAAAACCGUCCUUCUGUUGGUAACAAUGCAAAUGCCCAUUCUCUA